CUUGAAAACCUCGGCCAGUCCCUUGUCUGCCCUCUCGUUUCCGUUUCAGACCUCGCACAACCCACCUGUCAGAUCCAUCUCACCGCAUCAAUCCCCAGCCUCUCCAACAGUUACCCUUGACACCAUCUGAAAUGGCUGGUCCUGCGAGACCACUUUUGGCUAUCGCCUCGCUGAUCCUGCUCGGUGGUGGCAUUCUCCUCCAGAUCUUCACAAUCUUGACCGGCGGCAUCAACAGCGCGCCUCUGAACCGCUUCUACUUCCUCGAAGCAUCCACAAGCGGCAUCUCCAACGCGCGCAACCCAUCGCGAUGGACUUUCUUCGCCAUCUGCGGGACCGACCCAUCCACCGGAUACAAUGCCAACUGCGGAUCUCCCGUUCCAGCACUGCCAUUUGACCCACCCAGAAACUUUGGCACUACCCAGGGCAUUCCCCAGCAAUUCAUUGGAACUCACACAUUCUACUACCUUUCCCGCUUCAUGUUCGCCUUCUACCUGAUUGCCCUCUUCUUUGCCGUCAUCGCCCUUUUCUCAGGCGUUCUCGCGCUCUGCAGUCGCCUGGGCGGAUAUCUCUCGGGCAUGACAACGUCCGUCGCACUCUUCUUCCAGUCUGCUGCUGCUGCACUGCUCACCGUCUGGGUCGUCAAGGGCCGUAAUGCCUUCCGCUCUUCCGGCAGUGAAGCACACAUCGGCAAGUACCUGCUCGCUUUUGCUUGGGCGUCCAUGGCCUGUUUCUUCCUUGCCACCAUCAUGUUCUGCCUCGGUGGCGCAUUGGGUGGUGACCGCUCCUCGCGAAAGAUGAAACGCAACCGCUCCACGAGAUCCAACAGGAGCCGAGGAAGUUUCAUUGAGACCGACUCGCAGAGGCGCGUAAAGGACGACUACUCCGUGUAGGUGUGCGUGAAUCUUUUUUCUAAAUUGGAGACAUUGAAAUGAAGCAAUAUACUUUGAAAUAAUUGAAUAUUUACGAAUAAUGUUUUUACAAUACAAAGCGCGAGGGUCAUAUACAAUAUUGAGCUGUACAUACUUGUGAGCAAGGCGUUCUAACACUGUACAUAAUGAAAUUUAUUCUAUCGCAAAAGUCU